AUGUCCAGUGCCAGUGAGGAUGUUCUCCUGGCCGAGCUUUCCACCAGUGAAGACGAUGUUCCGGUCCAGCCGGUUUGCGCUACCUGCCCUCUGUGCCAUGGCAGCGGGACGGUCCUGCUGACCUCGCUGCCGGACUCACUGGCCGAGUCGCCAGACCUCUACUCCAUCCAAACGACGACCGAUGUGGCGCGGCUGUUUGACGGACCGGUGUCACCGACACCCACUCCGCUGACUGCGCCAGCGGCCGGUGCCAUCCCCUCUUCUUCCUCGCCCUCCUCGUCGCCUGGGCUGCGCACAGUCAGCGGGAAACCCCUGGACCCGGACGGGCUGGAUGAUGAGCCCCUCAUGCCCGCACUGGAGGGUGACUCGAAGGUCACUCCGCGGUCCAUUUUCCAGCUUUUCCUCUCCGGCCUUUACCAUGGGAUUCCGGCCUCGGUGGCCCUGAUCACCUCGGGCUUGCUCUUGCGCUUCUCGAAACACCUGCUCGCCAAGUGGCGGUGA